UGCAGUCUCUCGGCGAGCGGAAGUGAGGAAGAGAAGCGUGUUUUUACUUUCAUUUCGAGGGUUCUGCGUUCACCGACCGUUGUGCGCGGGUUUAUCGGGAUGGAGGCUGUGCUUAACGGCGACUGCGGCGCUCAGGCGCCCGUGGAGCCCAUCGUGGUCCAUGAUUUCUCGGAGAAGAUUCUGGAGCAGCUCGUUCAUUUCCAUGUGAUGAAGCUGAGCGGCGGGUUUUUCCUCUGGAUCGGGUCUAGCCCGGUUCUGUCCAAUCUGGCCCUGGCCGUCAACAGUAAAUAUGAUUCAAUGCCUCUGUCGACUCUGGUUCUGGGUGACACGUCAGACACGACACCAAGCUCUCUUGCACAGAGACUCACAAAGAAGACAAAGAAACAGGUAUUUGUAAGUUACAAUUUACCCGUGACGGACUCAAAUGUAGCGCUGCUGGUGGAGAACAGAAUCAAGAAGGAGAUGGAGCUUCAUCCUGACAAGUUUUAAACAUUUGUUGUUUUACCUGUUUGCUUUUUUUGUACAUAGCUCAAUAAAUCUGAAGCAAAAAGUA